UCUAAAUCAUCAUGGAAUAGCUAAUUAAUAACUUUUAGUUAACAUUUUAGUCGACUUUCGUCUUGUUCAGACUUGAAACUGACAUCACAUCGUCUCAUUCUACCGAAAAAACAUCAAAUCAAUUAAUCCGAUUUUAUUUGUAGCACGAAAAUUGAUCAAAAUUCAAGCCAAAAAACGUAAAAUGAACGAAACGUUAUGCAAGUGUCGAUAAUUUAUGCAAAAAUUUGACUAAAAAAUACGAAAAUAAGAGUAAAAGAGCUCGAAAAAGUGAAUUCUGUGAUAAAAUAAUCAAAAAAACGAAAUAAAAAUGGAAUAUUUAUACAAAUUGAUGAAUCGCAGUCAUGAUAACCAACAUGAUAAGAGCAUGUCACCCCCAAAUAGUGUCACAAACAGUCCAAUUACGAACGAAAAGAACUAUUCCGGAAGUCCCGCAUCAAAUCCAACGCCAACGAAGCCCAUCCAAGAGCCUGUAGUUCAAUCGACGCCGGUUAUUAAAGUAUCUGAAGCUUCUUCAACUGAAGGAGAAGUUGCCAAAGAGCAAACGCCUGUACGAGAUAUCAACACAACAUUCGAGCAAGAGGAAAACAUCUUAGCUGAAGAGUCAUAUAUUAAUCCAGCAUCAGGUCUCAGCUUCUUAACUGAACAACUCAACAAUUGCGGAAUCAAAGACGUUUCGUCGGAUGAUGAAGCGUUCCAAGAGUGUCAAUCGUUCACAAGUAGCAAAGGAAUAGCUUCGAAUCCUGAUAGUCGUGUUUUAACUCCCGUUAAUUUCGAACGCGAACCAACUUCUGAGAUUAACGCGACAUUCGAAACAGCUGAAAAUUCGCAAAAUCAAACAACUCCAACAGCAAACGGAACUUUUAACUUCGAUUCAGGUCUAAAUAGCACAGAAACGAUUCAAGAAAACGUUGAAGACGGCGUCGAAGUGCUCGAAGAUUUGCAAAAUUUGAAUUUAAAUGCCACGAAUGAGACAAUUCAACCUCUGAACAUUUCUCAACCUCGAAGUCCUUUAGCGGAAUUGUCUUUGGAAGACGUCGAGAAGCACGCAGCAAAUCGCACGCCCGAAAUUGAAACAGUUCGUGUGGAUGCUGUCGAUGUUUUGACUGUAAAAAGUCCCGUUGAGGAAGAAAAAGAAGUUACAAUCGAAAGAACUGAGGUAGAUUCGACGGAAAUUUUGGGAGAUCCGAAAGUUAUUGAAAAUUUGGAUCAGUUGGAAGCAAGAAAUCAACAAGAAAUCGCCCAAACGGAGGAAAAACCCGAAGAUACGCCCUUGCCAGCGGAUGAUUUUGACGACUUUAUCGAAGAAAAUCAGGAAAAUAUCCCUCCGUUGGAGAUUACACACAACGCGAGUGUGACAGACACGAUUUCUGUCGUCGAUAAAGAAAAUUCGAUUGAAGCGUGCAUGCAAGAAAGCACUUUUGAAGGCGACACAGCGAUUUUUGUCGUAAAUAAACUUGAAGUAACAAAAGUUCGGGGCACUUCGUUAGACAAAACAACGGAAAUUCCUCCUUCAGAACCUUUGGAACAAGAAAAAAUCCAAGAAAAUCCUGAAAAAAUUGAAGAAACUCCCUCAGAAAACAAUCCUCGCGUUUUCACAUAUCAAGAAUCGUUCGACGAGCGUCCCAUAAAGGGAGUUGCCCAUUCCGAAAGUUUAGCAGCAUUCGAAAAAAUCGAAGCUGAACUCAACGAACAGCCCAAAAAAGACUUGGAAACGCCUUUAACUGUCGAAGUUGAUCCAAUUCCUCCGCAAACGGAACAAGAAAAGGCCGAAUCUAAUCCAAACGAGCCAACUUUCAUUCUCGGCGAAGAAAUGCCCGAAAGUAAAGGUAUCCCGAUGGAUGUCGAUGACGAUAUGUUCGAUUUUCCGCCUCCGCCAAAGGAAAUGUUGGAUGAAAUUGAACAAACAACAGCUUUGGCAGCUGAAAAAACUCCCUCUCCGACUCCGUUGAAUGGAUUUUCGAACGGAGAACAAAAAGCUGCGGAAGUUUUUGUUGAAGAUUUUAACACGGUGAACAUUGAUGCGACAUUUAAGAAGCCUGCGAUACCGCCGAUGAUGGGAAAAAGACGCAGCGGAGAUAAAUUGCCUAAAAAUUUGGAUGAUGAACAGUUUCAAAGUUCAGCUGGAUUUCAAUUUUCUGCCUCGGAUUUCGACUAUUUGGAAGCGUGUGACAACAAAAACUCGAUUGUUGAUCGAAAUUCACUCCUACUUCGUUUCGAUCCGUUGUUGAAACAGCCCGUGCCAGAUACUCACAACCCCAAACCCACACAAAUUGUCGAGGAAAGUGAGCAAGAUUUGAGUUUAGACGCACGAACCGAACGAAAUCCCUUCGAAACAAGCAUCGAAGACACAAAAUCCCCGCUGGAAUUGGAUUUGGAGGCGCCGCAACAGGAAAUCGAGCCCGUAAUUGAACAAAAAAGUGUCGCUGCAACCCGUAAUGAGACAAUGAGCAUCACGUUAGCGAACAAUAAUGUCGAAACAUUUGAGGAUGGAUUGAAAUCGGAAAUUAAAAUUAUGAGUGCACAAGAGAACAGCGAAAACAUGUCUGAGUUGGAUAAGAAGGUCAAAAACGAAGUACUUAAGACAGAAGAGCUUGAAAAGCGAUUGGAGGAAGAGAUCAGAAAGAGAAUGGAAGCCGAACAAAAGGAGGAACAGCUUCUCAAGCGGAUUACUGAAAAGGAAAAAGCUUAUACAAAGUUGCAAAACAUCGUUGCUGAGUACGAAAAGGCAAUUUCUGAAAUGAUAACUGAGAAGGAGCAGUUGUUGGCGAAUGAACAACGCAAAUACACGAAUUUACAUGCGGAUAGCGAAACAAAUGCGCAGCAUCUGGCCUCGCUGGAGACGACUUUCUCAGAUUUGCAUGCUAAAUACGAACGUACGAAGCAAAUUGCCAUGGAUUUGAAAGACCAAGAAGUUAUUCUCAUCGCAGAAAAACGCGUCUUGGAAGAAAGUCUCAGAACGCAGGAGCAACGAUACGAAAAAAUGAAAAAUCACGCAGUACAACAAUUAGAAAAUGCAAAUAUCAAACUUGCUGAACAAGUUCGAUCACACAACCUGGAACUCACAAAACUCCGGGCACAACUAAAGAAGGAAGAGAUUUCACGUGCCUCCAUACAGGAACAAUUGUUACAGAAGACAAAAGAGAACGAGGAACUCGUGAAAAUCUGUGAUGAAUUGAUCAACGGCAGCGGAGGCGCAAGUUAAAUUUCGAAUGUUAAGUUUUUUUUUAAUUUCUGUGUAUUCAUAGAGCGCUUAAAUAUUUAAUGUAAUAAUAAUUAAAACUCAUUUUUCCGAA